CCCCGGCUGUGCCCGGGGUCCCAGGCCAGCCCCAGCCACCAGCGGGGACCGGAGAGCCCCUGGGAGCUGGGGGGUGCCGAGGGGGGCUGGGGGCCGCGGGCGGGCAGGGUGACGGGGCUGUACGCCCAACUGCUGCGGGAGCUGGAGGCGGAGGUGGGGGAGCUGCAGCGGGCGCUGGCAGCGCGGGACGAGGCCGUCCUGCGCCGGGACCGUCGUAUCCGGCAGCUGGAGCUGGAGAACCGGCAGCUCCGGAGCCAAGUCCGCAGCCUGGAGGAGGAGAACGACCUGCUGUCCUCCAGGGGUGGCUGCGGGGGACCUUUGGCCGCGGCUGCCACCACUGCCACUGCCACCAGGACGCUGCUGGCUGCGGGCAACGGCUCCAUUGGUGUCAGCGACAGCAACAUCCAGUUCCUCAAGGGGCUCGUGGGGCUGCUGGAGAGCAAUGCCACCACGCAGGUUGGGGGGCUCCAGCCCUUCUCCUCUCCCAGGCCCGGGGAGCAGGGCUCUGCCCCGGCUGACGUCCCACGGAGCCCCCUGGCCUGGCAGCUGCAGGCAGAGCUGCCCGGCGGCUUCCCCCCCUGCCUGGGCACAGAGGAGGGGGCCGGCAGCCCGGCCGUGCUCACCAACACAGCCUGCUUCUGGGAGGAGAGCAGGGGGGACACGCUGCCUGAUGGCACCCCGCUCUGGGCCUCACCUGUUGAGGAGAACGGGAGGCCCAAACGGGAGCUGGUUCCCAACUCGGGGGUCUACAUCACCCACCCGCAGCUGGACGACCUCUUGCAGGUCUCCACCAACAAGCCCAAGCUCAUGACCCGGCGGCUGCUCGAUUAUUUCUUCUCACGGGAGACGCUGGCCCGGUCCUCGGCCACGGGCCAACGCAUCGCCCACAACAACACCACCAUGGAGCGGCCCCUCCGCCUGCCCGUGACUGUGGUCAACGCUAUCAAAGAGUACGUCACCAAGAUGUGCGGCCGCGGCUGCAACUUCAACGCCGUCAUCAACAGCAAGUGCGGCACGUCCCGGCGGGCCGUCAAGAAGAUGGUCGUGAAGACGAAGUGAGCCGAGACCCACGGGAUGGCCACGGCCCUCCAGCCACGCAGGGCUGGGGAGGGGGGAGUGAGCCCGAAGCCCUGCGGUGCCACAGGUGGGGACAGGUAGGGACGCGGCGGGAUGGCGCCCUGGUGCUUACGGAGGGGCUGCAGCUGGAGGAUCCACCCGUCUGGCUCAGCCCCGCGUCCCCACGUGGGAGAAGCCGCACUCGGGGGUGCUGAGUGGGCUGAGGGACGCUCGGGGUGCCGGGGAGUCCCCGGGCGCAGGGGCCAGGGCUGGCGGCUGAGCUGCUCCCGCACGCAGCAGCGGCGGCUCCACUCAACAGGCUCGGGGCCGUUUUCCUGUAAGUAAGUUCGUAUGUGGGAUUCCUGUAAAUAAACUCCACUUUCUUUCGGCUGGAGAAGGGCGGCCACUCGCCCUCCCUGCAGCCGCCCCGAGCAUUUCGCCCUCAGCUCUUCACCACCGUUGUUGGCGCAGCCCCGGUCGCGCCGGUGCCCGGCCCAGCACCACGGCUCGCACCGUGCUGGCCCGGGAAGGAAAGGACCCUCGGCGGCACACGCUGCACUGGAUUUGCCUCUGGUGA